UUUUUUUUCUUUUAAAGGCGCGGAGCAAAGCGAAGCCCAGCUCCCAUCUCCAUGUCGCUGCGGGAUUCCCGGUAAAUAGCCGCCCGUGCGCUGCGGGUGAUGCGCAGGACGCUCGCGGAAGGCGCCGUUCCGCUCCGUAACGCGUAGCACCCACUCGCGGGCGGGCAGCGCGCACCGAGAGGAGAACGGAAAGGAAACACCGACUUUGCGACCGGCGCUUUGCGAAAGGAGAAGCGCGGACUUUCCUCCUGCCUCCCGCCCGCCCGCCCGAGGCAUGUUCCCGAGGCGCUCCGCACCGCGGGCAGCUCCCGUUUUCCGCCCGGCAGCCGCAGAGGAGCAGCAGCAGCGCGGUUCGGAGUAACUCCAAGUGAUGCGGGGACCACAGCCCGAGAGCAGCACGCGCUCCCGCAGACGCCAGCCCCGCCGCACUCAGGUCGACCAUGGUUGCCGCCACCCGCUCCCUCCUGGCGCUGCUGCUCUGCCGGGUGCUGCUGGGCGGCGCGGCCGGCCUCAUGCCGGAGGUGGGACGGCGGCGCUUCAGCGAACCGGGCCGCUCCGCCUCGGCCGCGCAGCGCCCCGAGGACCUCCUGGGAGAGUUCGAGCUGCGCCUGCUUCACAUGUUUGGGCUGAAGCGGCGGCCCAGCCCCGGCAAGGACGUCGUCAUCCCCCCCUACAUGCUGGACCUCUACCGUCUGCACGCCGGCCAGCAGCUGGGCUACCCGCUGGAGAGGGCCGCCAGCCGCGCCAACACCGUGCGCAGCUUCCACCACGAAGAAGUUUUGGAAGAACUGCCAGAAACAAGUGGGAAAACAGCACGACGUUUCUUCUUUAAUUUAACUUCCAUCCCUAAUGAGGAGUCUAUCACCUCAGCUGAACUCCAGAUCUUUCGGGAGCAGGUGCACGAAGCCUUUGAGAGCAACAGCAGCUACCAUCACCGUAUUAAUAUUUAUGAAAUUAUAAAACCAGCCACAGCCACCUCUAAGGACCCCGUCACGAGACUUUUGGACACCAGGUUGGUGCAUCAUAAUGCAAGUAAAUGGGAAAGUUUUGAUGUAACGCCGGCCGUUUUGAGGUGGAUUGCACACGGGCAACCUAAUCAUGGGUUUGUAGUGGAGGUGGUUCACUUGGACAAAGAGAACAGUGCCUCCAAGAGGCACGUUAGGAUUAGCAGGUCUUUACACCAGGAUGAAGAUAGCUGGUCUCAGCUCAGGCCGUUGUUAGUGACGUUUGGGCACGAUGGCAAGGGACACCCGCUUCACAAAAGAGAAAAGCGUCAAGUGAAACACAAACAGCGCAAACGCCACAAAUACAGUUGCAAAAGGCAUCCGUUGUAUGUGGAUUUCAGCGACGUGGGUUGGAACGAUUGGAUCGUGGCUCCCCCGGGCUACCAGGCGUUUUACUGCCACGGGGACUGUCCCUUCCCUCUGGCCGACCACCUCAACUCAACGAACCACGCCAUUGUUCAGACUUUGGUCAAUUCAGUGAAUUCCAAAAUCCCCAAGGCCUGCUGCGUGCCGACAGAACUGAGCGCUAUCUCAAUGCUCUACCUGGAUGAGAAUGAGAAAGUUGUGCUAAAGAACUAUCAAGAUAUGGUUGUGGAGGGUUGUGGGUGCCGCUGACACGGCGAAUAUAUCGGACAAAUGCAAAAGAAAAAAUAGAGAAAAGCUGACACUUUAAUAUUUCCCAAUGAAGACUUUAUUUAUGUAAUGAAAAUGGAAAGAAAAAGAAAAAAAAACACAAUUAUUUUGAAAAAUAUAUUUAUGUCUACGGAAAGGUUGGGAAAACAAAUAUUUUAAUCAGAGAAAUAUUCCUUUAAAGAUUUUUAAAUGUAUUUUAGUUGUACAUUUUAUAUGGGUUUAACCCCCCCAGCACAUGAAGUAUAAUGGUCAGAUUCUUAUUUUGUAUUUAUUUCCUAUUAUAACCACUUUUUAGAAGAAUAGCUAAUUUGUAUUUAUGUGUAAUCAAAAAAAGAGAAAAUGACAAAAAAAAAAAAGAAAAAAAAAAGAAAAUAUAGGGUUUUGUACAUAAUUUUCCCAAAUUGUAGCUGUUUCAAUCGCGUGUAUUUAAGUUGAAGAGAAGACGCGGAAGGUUACUAUGGCAAAGUGCAUGGCGCAUUUGCUUUCUGCAGUGCUACUGUUAAGGUCACAAGUUCAAGUCCAGAAAGAAAGUGGAUAAUCCACUCUGCUGACUUUCAAGAUUAUUAUAUUGUACAAUGCUCAGGAAUGCCGCAGGGUGGGCUGUCCAAUCCAUGAGAACUGGCAUCCUCCUUAGGUGGAACGUUUGGAUAAGAAGCAGACGUUGCUGAUCUAGUAGCAAUACUAUUCCUGACCGAGUGAAUAUAAGGAGGGCCAAUAGGAAUCCCUGGGGAGGUGGGGGUGGGGGAAAAAGACCAAAAAAUCCUUUCUAGACCUACAGAAAAGCGAAUGUUUGAUGUUUCUUUUAAAAGUCCUUCCUUUAAAAGUCCUGGCCAAAUAUAAAAUAAUAAAAACUCAAAUGUCA